AUGUCUAAUCAGGACUUUAUAUGGACACAAGCUGAAACACGCUCUGUCGGCCAAGCACUUAUCGAUUAUUCCGGCGUACUUACGUUGGAAAUUGGCAAUGAGAUCACGAAGAUUAACGCGUGGCAGUUCGAUGGACCGCUUCCAAUCCAGUUAGCCAGGGAACUGCGGAUCCCCACCUACAUAUGCUUUGACAAGGAUGCCGGAAUCCGCGUCGGGACGGAAGCCAAGGCAGCACAGAAGAAGAAUCCUGAUUAUACAGUGCACGGUUUUAUAAAUCUGAUCGGUCUGGAAAAAACUGACAUGAUGGCCAUUGUCACAGUCAACAACCAACUAUACAAGGCCAAGAAGAGGGACGGACCGUUUUUCAUAACCGUCACUGAUAACAAGAAGCUAUACAAAAGCCUGCCAAGGAAGGAGAGGCGUCUUAAAAAAUGGUUUCGUGUAUUGCAAAAUCAUGUUCAGAGCGAUGCGGCUCCAUUGAACCAUAGCCUGGACUUAUCACUCCCAUCGGCAAGCUUCCUUACACUUAACAUUGACUGGUUAGACCCCAAAUACGUGGAAAGCAGCGAUGCAGCGGACGAAACAACAUCGAACGAAAAGUUCAGCCUGCGUCAACUAAGUCAGAAGCUCACUAACCAAUUGAAACUUUGGGAAAUCAACGUGAGAAAAAAGAUCUCUAAGUCGCGUGGAAAAAAGCACGUGCGCCGGGUGAACGAGCCUUCAAAUAACAAAGUUGAAGCGGCGUUUCUGAUGGAACCGACAGACUUUUUGCGGCGAGCCCCCAGUAAAAUCAGCAUCGAUGAUACGUCUAGUGAUGACUCGGACGCAGAGGCUGCAAUUAGAAAAAACAUGGAAUUGCUGAAAAGGGCGGGUACUUCGCAAAGCUUUGCCCGCAAGGACUACGAGGCGGCAGGAGGGGUCGUCAGAAAUUUUGUUGGAGGAGUCGAAGGGACAUUGGAAGCUCUCGGUCUCACAAGCACUCAAGAAUUCGGCCAAACUGUUCCUGCAAAGCACGAAAAGGCAGUCGCCUCAGAUGAAGCUGCUGGACCAUCAACAUCGGCAUCUAAUAACGAUGAUCCGAAAAAGCCCGUAUAUCUGAAAAAAUUUGAUGGAGGAGUCGGGGGAACCGAGGCCGACCUGGGUGUGGAAAGGAACCGACUCUUGCUUGAAAUUGAUGAUAUCGAGAGGUAUGGAGCCAGAAUUUUUGAGGAAGAUCGCGAGCUUGAUCAACAUCUGCGAAUAGCGUCAAUGCGGUCAUUUGAUCCUUUAUUAAUUGAUUGUGGGCCCGGCGGAGACGAUAUCAAUGUCCAGACACUGAUACAGAUCUUUGUCGAAGACAUUGUGGAUUCGUUGGUGGAUUCAUUCGAUAGGGCCGGAUUGAUUUUGCCCGAUUCCAUGGGGCUUCGAGGCAUAAACACUAUCGUUUUUUCUCCUUCUCAUUUUUCUGACUAUCAAAAUGAGCUGCUUUUCGAGGCCGUUAGGGACGGAGGCCUAGCCAUACAUCCCAUGUCGAACCACCAGCUAUUAUGCGAAAGCAAAUUCCGGAUUUUAACAAAUGUCGAUGCUGCGCGACUUCCAGUAGAGGCACUGAUUAUUGACAUUGGCAUGCAAAACUUCCAAUUGUCCUACCUGGAUCGAAAUGGCAAUUGCAAAGUACGGGGUGGUAAGGCCGGAUUUGGCGUCGAGCGUAUGAUGGUUGCACUAGAAAACGCGAUCUUGGUUUCCGAAUGGCCACGCAAUCAAGGGUAUGCUCAGCGCAGCUCAAAGGAGAGAUUAACUGAUCGGGCCGAAGCUUUGCGUGUCUUCCAAGCGUUGACUGUCCAGCCCUCGGUAAAGAAGGAUGGAAAGGCAAACUUCAACAUCAACUGGGAGGGUUUUUCCAAGCAGUGCCCCGUGACUUUCGCGGAUCUAAAGGACGCUUGUGAGAUGACUCUCACAAUGAUGAAAGAAUUCGUGCAACAGUUUCUUGAUGACAACGGAAUUGACGGCGCAAAAGAGCGGCUUCAUAUUGAACUCAUCGGCGGAUACUCGAACUCUAUCAUUUUUCACGAAAUGUGUCGAGAAGUCAUGCCGGCAUGUGAAAUUUUCCACAGAGGGUUGGUAAAGGGGCUCGCUAAACUACCAUCCAUUGAUAGCUUUGACGGGCCAAAGCCAAGCGAUCAUAAACCUUUUCAACGUUAUGGAAGAUCUGCCACGGCGCAA